AAGAGCCACCCGCCAUCAAUAAAUACAACCCUAGAGCAACAGAACACAGAAAAAUCAUAAGUAGAGAGCAAUAUCUUGUCGUCGCAGCCGCCACCGCAGCCGCCCAUUGGUCGGAAAUCUGACGUCAUUGACUCCAAUAACCACAGACGUUGCUCCACCACCAUCGUUCUGCUUCUACAGUUUCUUGCAAACUACCUCCACCGCAAUUAUCCCUACAAUUUCCACCAUUAUCACCAUCACCAUUCACUAAAACAGUCACAAUCUUUAUCAUUUUUUGCUAUAGUUCAGGAAAGCUUUCCGGUUUAUUGUUCAGUGUUUCGGUAGCGGAAGAGAUAAAUAAGAGAUGGCUGCUUUGAGUGGCAGUAGUGUGUGCUUGAGGGAUUCCGCUUACCAGCUUCCCCUUCCUGUCUCUAACGAUUGCUACAAGAGGAGGAGUGCAAAAUGGAGAUCUCCUCAAGCUGCUGUAAUACCCAAUUUUCAUCUCCCAAUGCGCAGUUUUGAAGUUAAAAAUAGGACAUCAUCAGAGGAUAUAAAAUCCCUUAGAUUGAUAACAGCCAUCAAAACCCCAUAUUUACCUGAUGGUAGAUUUGAUCUGGAAGCAUAUGAUGCCUUGGUCAAUGUGCAGAUUGUUAAUGGUGUUGAAGGUGUGAUUGUUGGUGGAACGACUGGUGAAGGUCAGUUGAUGAGCUGGGAUGAACACAUAAUGCUUAUUGGCCACACAGUUAACUGUUUUGGUGGUUCAAUCAAGGUGAUUGGAAACACUGGAAGCAACUCUACAAGGGAAGCAAUUCAUGCCACAGAGCAAGGCUUUGCAGUUGGAAUGCAUGCUGCUCUUCACAUCAAUCCUUACUAUGGUAAAACCUCCUUGGAGGGCCUGGUUUCUCACUUCGAAAGCGUGCUACCUAUGGGACCCACUAUUAUUUACAAUGUGCCUUCACGAACUGGCCAAGAUAUUCCUCCACGUGUGAUAAACACUAUAGCACAGAGUCCUAACUUGGCUGGUGUUAAGGAAUGCAUGGGUAAUGAUCGGGUGGAACAGUACACCGAGCAAGGAAUUGUAGUGUGGAGUGGGAAUGAUGAUCAAUGCCAUGAUGCCAGGUGGAACCAUGGGGCCACUGGAGUCAUUUCUGUUACUAGCAACUUAGUCCCAGGGUUAAUGAGAAAACUCAUGUUUGAGGGGAAGGACCCUGCACUGAAUACAAAACUAAUGCCUCUCAUAGAGUGGCUUUUCCAGGAGCCGAACCCCAUUGCAUUGAACACUGCUCUUGCACAGCUUGGAGUUGUGAGACCAGUUUUCAGGCUACCAUAUGUACCUCUUCCUCUGCCAAAGAGGGUAGAAUUUGUGAAUCUGGUCAAGUCAAUCGGGCGGGAGAAAUUUGUGGGAGAGAAAGAUGUUCUGGUUCUCGAUGACAAUGACUUCAUAUUGGUAGGUCGGUAUUAGUCAGUUUUUGUUGUCCAGGAUCUUUAGCGCAGAGCGUUUUCCAUGACUAGCAGUCUGUGUGUGCAUUGUUGAGUUGCAAUUUACAAAUAAGGGCUUUUGAUAGUUGAUACCUUGUUAAGCAUGGAGAUGGAAAUGUAGUCUGGCUAGUUGCUGAUGUUGUGCUAAAUGUAGUCACGCUUUUAAUGCUAAAAGUACCAUUAGGUGUGGUUGCUUGCAAA